AAUAUUUUUCUGUUCUGUACAUCAGAUGUAUAUAUGAAUUUUUUGGUGUUGUGUGAUGACAUGUAAAUAUGCUUAACAAGGAAAUUAUAAAGAAUUGAAAUAUUUUAGAGAAUUUGUAUUUUUUUCACUUGAUCAUUUUUUUUAUCCUACUUUAAGGAAGUGAAUGAUUUUAAUAACUAAAAAAGUGUCAGUUGCUGAUCCAAAUUUAAAUAACUGUUUUUUAUUAAAUUUACUUCCUGAAAUGAUUUUAAUUGAAUCAGUGAAUAAGCUAUCUUAUCAAAUGUGUUGACACAUAAUCUUUUUAAAAAGAAUUGACUAUGAAUGGUAUAUAACGUUAAUCACUACCUCGUAAUAAUGUCUGCAUUUAAUAUUAAACCCUCAAGUGGGUGGAUUCACCCUGACAAACUGAUAGCAAACGAAGGAGCUACUUACGCUGUUAAGUAUGUUGGAUGUUUGGAAGUGAAAGUUUCCAUGAAAAAACUAAAUUUCAAGAUGAGAUCUAGUGUUGCAAAAGAAUGCAUCAAUCGAGUUUGUGAAUACUCAAAACUUAAGAAUCUAGACAAAAAACGAAUAGUGGACAAAAAAGUAUUGAAAGCAAUAGCUGAAGUGCCUGAUUUGAGAUAUACAGGUUCGCUUGUCAACUUGAAUGUUUCUAGUAUCUAUUUGACUCUUACAUCACUAGAAAAUAAUCAAAUACUAACCUGUCAUGAAAUGCCAAGAAUCUCAUUUGCAUGUGGAGGAGAUACAGAUACUCUAGAUUUCAUAGGUUAUAUAGCCAAAGAUACAGACGAAAUGAGAGCAUGUUAUGUGUUGGAAUGUGCUGGAGGCUUAGCUAAAGAUGUUAUAUCUACAAUCGGACAAGCAUUUGAAUUGCGAUUUCAACAAUUUACCCUCAAAGCACCUUUGAGUUUAGGUGCUACCAUGGGACGUUUGUCGCCAUCUACAGGAGGCGAUGCUGAUAAAGAUUAUUACAAUGAUCUUCCAGGCAAAGUUCCACCAGAUGUAUGUGAACCUCCUCCUGUUCCUCCUUUGCCAUCACUUGUACCUCCAUUUACAACGUUGCCACCUGUACAAACAUCAAAUUUGAUAGAUCUAAAUGCUGAUGUGACUCCAGAAGGAAGCCAUCAUUAUGUCAAUGACAGUGUUAUGGUUACCCGAGAAAGAGAUGUAUUUGAUAUGCAACCAUUUACACCAAGUUCAAUUUAUGAAAAAACAGUUGAUCCGAUAGGACAACUUGAGAGUGAAAUAUGGUUUCAUGGACAAAUUAGUCGUAUUGAAGCUGAAAAUUUACUUCAAAAAGAUGGUGAUUUCCUUGUUAGAGAAUCUACAAAUACUUUAGAAAGGCAAUUCGUUUUGUCUGGAAUGCAAGACAAUAAUAAAAAACAUUUGCUUCUAAUUGAUCCUCAAGGGGUAGUUCGAACAAAGGAUAGAAUCUUCAAAAGUAUUUGCCAUCUCAUAGAAUUUCAUUGCGAAAAUGCUUUACCUAUCAUUUCUGCUGAAAGUGCGUUGGUGCUUAGACAUAAAGUACCUCGAGCUUCAUAGUUUAAUUUAUAUUGUGUGUAAUAUAUAUUAUUUGUAUUUUCUGUACACUUUAUUCUGGGAUAUAAUUGAAUGUUGGUUGGAGUUAUUAAACUUUUGUAACUAGAAAA